UUGAACUUUGACCCCUCAAACUGGUUUAUUGUUUUGAUUUCGCAGGUUGUCUUUCUUUGUGAAUUGUAUCGAUUGUGUCGACGGAACGGAUAUUUUAAAACUAGUAUUAGACUUGUGGGGUUUACGGACACUCGUACGGACUAUGUAAGUGAUGACCGUGUUGAGCAGAUACCGGCGUAGCUGUUGACAAAGAUGCUAUCUCCGAGUUAAGCUAACGUUAGCUGUGCAGCUAACGCAGCGUACGUAGCUUUGGUAACAACAUGACGGUGAUGAGGAGCGGUGUGUAGGAGCGACCGAGCUUUAAUCGGAUCGCGCCGAUUUCCUGCUUGACAGUUACUGGUUUUCAGGAUUACCCCAUUGUUUGUGUCUGGAUAGCUACUAAACAGCUUUUCCAAGCGAGCAAACAAAACUGUUUACAUUUAACCGACGACUUAUCUUCGAAGAGAUUCAUAAUUGUGAUCGCCACAGUAAAACACGUAACACGUCUUUUUAGUGUUGGACAUUUGCAUCGCUUUCUUUCAAUGGGUGAGGAAAAGCCGGACACGCUGGACUUUGUGAAGGAUUUCCAGGAGUAUCUGAGCCAGCAGACUCAACAUGUCAACAUGAUAUCAGGCUCUGUCAGCGGCGUCAAGGAGGCGGACGAGCUGCCAGCAGACUGCAGUCAAAAUGGACUGGACCACCCCGCAGUGGACAUGUCACUUGAGGACAGCUCAGGGAUCCUUGUGGAUGGUUUUGAGAGGACAUAUGACGGCAAGCUCAAGUGCCGCUACUGCAACUAUGCCACCAGAGGCACAGCACGACUUAUUGAGCACAUCCGAAUUCACACAGGAGAGAAGCCGCACCGCUGCCACCUUUGCCCAUUUGCUUCGGCCUACGAGCGCCACCUGGAGGCCCACAUGCGAUCACACACAGGCGAGAAGCCUUACAAGUGUGAGCUGUGCUCCUUCCGCUGCAGUGAUCGUAGCAACUUGUCGCACCAUCGCCGCAGACGUCACAAACUCCUGCCAAUGAAAGGUGCUCGCUCACUUUCCCACAAGAAGAUGCUGAGUGUUUUACAGAAGAAGGCCAGCUCACUGGGCUAUGGCCGCCGGCUCCUCAUCAACUUCAGCCCCCCUUCUAUGGUGGUGCACAAGGCUGACAAUGUGAAUGACUUCUCUCAUGAGCUGCCCCACUUACGUCAGGAGACCUAUGAUAAUCAGAAUCGAGCAGUCGAGGACGGGCUCUCCACAAAUCAAAAUCACCAUCACCAUGAUAUGGUCAUGGACAACCCCCUGAACCAGCUUUCCACCCUGGCAGGCCAGUUGGCCAGCCUCCCUUCAGAGUCCCAGGGUCAGACUCAACCUCCCAUGUCUCCAGGAGCAGAAUCUAUCGUAGAUGAGAAGCCCUUCCUCAUCCAGCAGCCCCACCCCGCCACAGCUCCUGUGGCUGUCACAGCCAGCAUGGCCCAUGCCUCCUCCUCCUCCCCAAUCACCCCAGAGCCCCGGGCUCCUCCCCACAGCAAUUGCAGCCCUGGAGGGGGACCCUGCAGUGAGCACAGUGGGCGCACCAGUACCCCUAGUAUCUCCAACAGCCAACCCAGUACACCAGCUCCAGGCCUGUCCGCCCCACUCCAGGACUCCCACAUGCUGCAUCACUGCCAGCACUGUGACAUCUACUUCCCAGACAACAUCCUCUACACCAUCCACAUGGGCUGCCAUGGGUACGAGAACCCAUUCCAGUGCAACAUCUGUGGCUACAAGUGCAAGAGCAAGUACGACUUUGCCUGCCACUUUGCCCGCGGGCAGCACAAGUAAUGGAUGACUGAGUAUGAAUUUGAAUGAACUUUUAACGGACAGCUUUCUUUUUAUUAAUUCCAUAGUAAUUUUAUUUAUUGGUCUUUUACUUGGCCUUGAUGUAGCCUAGCCUUUAAAAGUUGUACUUAUACAGGAAAAUGUCAACAUUCAGAUGGUUCCAUUUUAUAUAAUUAAAGGUGCCCAUUCAAGUGUAUUAUAAAGGGAUGAUCAGUGUUUUCAACAGGUUGAGAAUUUAUUUGUGGUGAUUGAGGGAGUCACAAUUAUGUGCUGUUAAAAAAUAAAGACAACUUCCCUACUCAGCCAAACUAACUGACCUUAUUGAAUGAAGUAGGUAACCAAAUUCACAAGAUUCCUUGAACUUUGUUUCUCUUUUUUUUUUUUAAGGAAUUCAUUCACAAAUCUAAAAGCAACUUAUAAAAUAUACCAUAGAAAAUGGUCAACUGUAAUGUUGCAUAUACAUGAUUUGAAAUAUGAUGGUCAAAACGCAGAGGUGAUGCUUUUCAAUCCCUCUCAAGUGAUAUAACUAAUGCUAAGGGCAGACUACAUAUUUUGAGGAAACCAUGUACACAUGCAGUGGCUAGAUGUAAUGUCUCCAUUGACUCUAAAAAAAAAAUCCUAAAUAUAACAUCACCUCAUGGAAGAAAAAAGCAUGACCAUAGCUCACCUGUGCCUGUUAAGAGAGUAAAGGGGGGAGGGUCAACAAAUUGGCUGUCACUCUUAGCAGCAUGUUCCUUUAGAAAAAUACAAACUGUAAAGACAAAACAAAUGUGUGUUGCAGGGCGAUUCUGACUGAGUCACCCAAAUAAAUUCUCAACACUCCUGGAGCUAUAAAGAUUUCUGUAAUGAUACUCACACAGGAGUCAAACUGUUGGCCUCGAGUGAUCUUACUUAAGCCUUGUUGAAAUUAUUUCAGUGCUUGGUGCAUUACUACUAUUUAUUUGCAGUGCCUGACAUAGUCACUUUCUUGUGUGUCCAAGAUAAAGAGGACUGUUACUUUGAAGAUUAAUAUUAUUACAGUUAUUCUCUUCUUACUGUAAUGGAUAGGCCCAGAACCUUAGAAAAAAAAGUUGGGCCAUUGUAGUUUUCUAUGGUAGCCACGAUUUUUUUUGUUUGCCAAAAUUCUGGUCCAUGAGUGCUGCUAAGAAACUUUGAAAUCAAUGCCAGCUGUACUAUAUGGGUGGCAUUUACAGUAAAACCUGGCCGCACUUUGUAUGGUCAGCCAGUUAAGAUGUUAAACUAGAUUUUAUUGAAGUCGUGUUGUUUUUGAAGUUCCUCCACACAGUGCCCUUCCUUGACCAGCAUCAUGGUAACUCCUCUCAUUUUCUUAAAAGGGUUUUGCAUAUCCUUUUAACUAUAUCAUUCUGAUCUUUUGAUAUUGUAUGAAGUCACUUUGAUAACCAGUAUCUCCGUGUUUAGGACAGAAUCACCAAGUCUUGUGUCUCAUGUGAACACUUUUUCAGAAUUGCCACGUAGCACUGGGGAUGCCAAAUUUUAGCCUUUGUGAUAAUACACCACAAUCCCCCCAUUCAUCACAUGGAUCCCAGUGCUUUUCUGAAUAUUUACUGAGUAUUGUAUUCUGAGUGGUUGGAUAGAUGUUCAGUGUCAAAAAAGCAAAAUCGUUUUGCAGGAAGACUGCUACUUUAGCAAGAUUGUUCUUUGUCUUGAGUACUGUUGUCUGUUGCUUAGCAACAUGUGUGGAGAACAUAGUUACCGUUUAUAGGACCACCGUUUUGUCACCAUGCUUACCAAUAAUAGGGGCAUCCAGUAAUGACUGCCUUAUGUUCUCUCAGUGUGUCGUAGGUUCAUAGGUAAUGGUGAAUGUUGAAGCCUUUUGGCGAUCACGCUCCCUCUGGGAUGGCAAAUCAUUUUAUUGUGAGAUGGAUUAAUCUAACUAAUUUAUAAGUAAAGUGUUUUCUAACAGA